AACCCUUCCGUGUAAAGCUUCCGUGAGCGGGGCUCGUUAACCUGUUACUGACGCCGCUUCAGCUUGAGGGCGGCGGCGCGGCGGCUGCGGUCAUGUUGAGCGCCUUGGUCUGCGGAGCUGUGGCGUUUCCCGGGCUUUUCUACAGCUUCAGGAGAGUGCUCAAACACACUCUGACACAGUGGAGUGAUGCCGACGUGAUUACUGUCAGUGAGAGGCUGGUCUCAGCCAUCCAUGCGUCUCUGGCUACUGCAGCUGGAGCCACAAUUGUGACAUCCUGCAGGGACACCAUGACCGACAGUCACUGGCUGGCGGACGGGUUUGUUUGGUUCGGAGCUCCCUACAUGGCCCACGAUAUCUACGCCAUGUAUCUGAGCCACUACCACACUCGGAGGGUCAGAGGAGGUGAGACCGGCGGCCACUCUCUUCAGACGGUGAAGGCUUUCCUCAUGAAGGACAAGAUGCUGGUCCUCCAUCACUUGGUGCUGCUUCUCAUUUUCAUGCCCAUCACUGUGUUCUUCAGAAGAGGACUGGGAGAUUUCUUCGUCGGCUGCCUGUUCAUGACAGAGUUCAGCACUCCUUUCGUCUCCAUAGGGAAGAUUCUCAUCCAGCUGGGCCUCGAUGACAGCAGGCUGCACAGGAUCAACGGCGUCGUCGUCCUCUUGACUUUCUUCAUGUGUCGGAUCCUGGUCUUCCCCUUCAUGUACUGGAUGUACGGCCGGCAGUUUGGGAUUCCCCUGCACAGAGUGGUCUUCCAUCUGCCGCUGCAGUGCAACGUGGGUAAUCUGGCGAUCCUGGCUCCGCAGAUCUACUGGUUUCUCCUGCUGCUGAGGAAAGCUCACAGACUGUACCUGCGACAGAAGAGAGGGAAGGGAGACAAAGACAGGCCAAAGACAGACUGAAGAGUCCAGCUGUGAAUGAAAGAGUGGUUUGACACAGAAGCUGAGCACAUGACAGAGUAUGAGAGCCACUGUGAGGAUAAGAGAAUAAUAAUAAUUCAUGAUAUUUUGUGAAAUAAGUUGUAAUUGUAUGAGAAAACGGGUCAUUACUUUAUAUAAAAAGAGUGACAUAUUGCACUAUUCAGAGUCAUUUUUCUUAGAAAUGUUUGGACUUUUGUUUCUUUAAAACUCAGGAAAUCUUUUUUUUUUGUAAAUUCUUAAUUUUGUCAGAAUAUUCUGACUUUUUUCCUAAAAACUUUAUUUGUGGCCUUAAUACAUCAUCAUGCAGAGUCCUCACACAGUAUGAGUGUUUGUUGUGCACUAUAUUGUAUCUUUUGUGUGAAUUCUUCCAGUUGUUACAUUGUUAAAUCUUUACUAUUUUCAGAGAAUAUGUUUGUGUCGACUUUUUAAUGAAUAAACUAAUAAAAAUGACAUUGACA